UGCAUUUUUUGACAGAAAUUUGAUCAUUAUUUGAUAAAGUUCGACCAAUUUAACAACUGGUUAAUAUAUUUAUUUUGCAACACAGAGUUGAAUUAUGUUAACAUCCCUUACAAACUCUAAGUCACGUGAUAAAACUGAGAAAACAUGGCGGAAGGGGAGUGUUCUCAUUACUUGUCAAAUCAGUUGGAUUGGUGAUUUUUCCCAUUAACACUUCUAUUUAUAAUCUACGAAGAUGCAUUUCUCUAUACCAGAGACCCAGGAACAACAGGAUGCUAAUGGCACAGCCUUCACGACAUUCAACAUUCACAUCAAUGGAAUGUUUCACUGUUCCGUUCGCUACAGUGUCCUACACACAUUUCAUGAACAAUUGAAGAAAGAGUUUGGGGCUAAUCAGCUUCCACAUUUUCCGCCCAAGAAACUUUUCCCACUUUCUCCCCUAAAACUGGACGAAAGACGGAUACUACUUGAGAAAUUUGUUCAGAUUGUAAGCCAAGACCCAAAGAUUGCCAACAGUGAUGUGUUCAAUGGAUUUCUUCUGAGUGCACAGCAGGAAACUCAGAAGGAAGCGUCAGAAGAUGUAGUGCUGGAUGUGUAUUUAAUGAAUGGGCACAAGAUCACAGUCAAUAUCAAGUCCACGGACCAGACAGAUGAUGUCUUGGAGGCUGUUGCUUCCCAGAUAGAUCUACCAGAUGACUAUGUUUACUAUUUUGGUCUUUUCCUUGUGCAGAAGGAAGUAGCGGGGGAUAACUCUAUUGUCAGAAAAUUACAAGAAUUUGAAUCUCCGUUCAUCUCAUUGAAAUAUGCAAACAAGUCAGGAACACAUCGAAUUGUCUUCAGAAAAAGUUUUUGGGACUUAUCAUAUGAAGAUGACCUUCUAGAAAAUAAAAUUUCAAUGAAUCUUCUUUAUGUGCAGGCAGUUAAUGAUAUAGAGAGACACUGGACACUGGGAAGUAAGGAACAACUCAAGCAUUUAUCUUCUCUACAAAGUAAAGGUUCAAAACGUGAGUAUCUACGACUAGCGCGGACUCUCAAGUAUUAUGGUCACCUACAGUUCAAGCCAUGCGUGACGGACUACCCUCAUCCUAGCUCCCGAGCUGUGAUAUCGGUCGGCAACAAGGAAAUGAACUUUAGGAUACAGACAGCACCUAAUGUGAUAAAAGAGGGAAAUUUCCGGAUCACCAGAAUGAGGUGUUGGAGGAUCACCACUUGUUUGAGUGACAGUAAGGAGGAGAUUAGGAACCCAUCUAGUCCACGCCUGGAGCUUGCCUUUGAGUACCUGAUGGCCAAGGAUACCCUUAAGUGGAUCACUAUAACAAGUGACCAGGCUAUCCUGAUGAGCAUGUGUCUACAGUCAGUUGUGGAUGAAUUGAUCAGGAAAAAACAAGGGAAGAAAAUAAAACGACCACAAGACAGAAACAAGACAGUGUCAGCCAUCCGACCACUGCAGAGAGGAGACAGUUAUGCUGGGGCUCUGAGUCGACAGACCUCCCUCCCAAGUCCUAUAGAGGAAACACCAAAGAGUAACGGACAGAGUGUUAUAGAAAACAAUGCAUUUGACACAAUAGGUGACGACGACUUAUGAGAGAACAACAAUGGAAAUUUUCAAGAAACAAAUGCUGUUAAAAAAUAACCAAGUUGAAUUUCCUGAAAAAAAUGUAAUUUUCAUUCAAGAUAAUUGUACCUUUACGUUUGUAUUUCAUUUGUACCCUCAUUUGAAUUUUUGAAAUUAGUUUAAGAUAAAAUUUCUUCAUCAAGUAUGUUGACAGUGAACACUAGUCAGACAAAAAAUUCAAAAUGAGAGUGUUCAUUUUAAAGACAUUUUCCACAACUUGGUAUACUGCUAAGAAAUUUAUUCUGAACAAAUGAUGUCUCCUUGAGGAGUAAGAAUAUUUUCGUGUUCCUAGAAGAAAAAAAUUGUGACCCAAACAAUGAAGGAUUCAAGGAUCACCUUGGAAGAUGGUUACAUUAAAUACUGAACAGUAUGUAAGAGAAUUGUGCUAGAGGCAUCAGUGCUGUUGUUUGUAAAAUUUUCUAUGAAAUGAGUUUGACUCUGAAGUGACAAAUGAGGAGCAUAUUAUAUAAAUGAUCCUGCUUGAUCUUAUCCUGAAGUCUUUUAUGCUAGCAACUGGAUUUUUCCACAAGCACAAAAUUUAAUCCAUCAGUGAAGAAACAACUGUAUCUUUUCACGAGUGACAGAAAUCCAGGGCCUGAAUGACAUUGUGACUAACAUGGGGCUUUAAUGGGGAAACUACCGGAUUUUAAAAAAAAUUUUUUUUUUUUUUUUUUUGCAAUAGAUCAUACCUAGAUGUUAUUUAUCGAUAGAUAUCAAAGUAGGUCUAUCUACAGUAUGCAGUAAAUUUUGCAAUACUAGUUGUUGUGUAGGCAAAUGUCUUUCAUUCUAAGGUGUUGUUAUGAAUUACCUUGAACUAUGUGUCAUGAAAUAGUCAUGUAACAAACACUUCAAUUCAAUGACAGCAGUAUAUAUCGUCCUGGAAACAGUAGCUAAUGACAUCAGUAUAUGUCGUCCUAGAAACAGUAGCUAAUGACAUCAGUAUAUGUCGUCCUAGAAACAGUAGCAGAUGACAGUUGUAUAUGUCGUCCUAGAAACAGUAGCUAAUGACAUCAGUAUAUGUCGUCCUAGAAACAGUAGCUAAUGACAUCAGUAUAUGUCGUCCUAGAAACAGUAGCUAAUGACAUCAGUAUAUGUCGUCCUAGAAACAGUAGCUAAUGACAUCAGUAUAUGUCGUCCUAGAAACAGUAGCAGAUGACAUCAGUAUAUGUCAUCCUAGAAACAGUAGCUAAUGACAUCAGUAUAUGUCGUCCUAGAAACCGUAGCUAAUGACAUCAGUAUAUGUCGUCCUGGAAACAGUAGAUGAAGCAGUGCAGUAAAGUGUUUUUGUUUGUGCUAUUGUUGCCAUGAUAUUGUACUGUAAAUCUGUUUUCUAUGGGAAAUUAAUUCAUUGAUAAAUAAUUCCAAUGAAUGAGAAGGCUUUUGAUGCAAAUGUGAUGUUCAUGCUUAUAUAUGCUGUAUAUCUUAAUCCUGUAUUACAAAGCACACGUUUUUAACACAAGUUGUUGUUCCCUAGUCAGAGGAGUGGAUUAAGAUUCUGUUUAAUAGCCAAUAAGGAUUGUAAUGGAGAGGGGCAGAAAUGAAAUUUGGGGUUGUGUUAAUCAGUUAAAACAGAAACAUGGAAUUAUAUAUAUACAGUGUACAUGUAUAUACAAAGUCAGAUCAUAGUGCAUGUGUUCUACCCAUUAUUAGCCAGUUUCUUUGUUAGAUACACUUCUUUAGGAUUAAAAAUAUGUUUUCAAAUUAAAAAAAAAAAAAGGAAAUUUAAAUCUUUGUCAGAUUUCUUUGGAACCCUAACAAAGCAUAAAGUUAAUGUAUAUACUUCAACUUUCCAAUACCGGUACCUUUUAUGCGACAAAGACAAUUCAGUCGAGAUCUAAUAAGUCCCUAGCCAGUAGUAAUAGAAGGAACUAGAGUUUUACACUCUAUCAUCUAGCAACUUGUCUGUCAUUGUGUCACUUUAAUCUCACAAUAUACAGAGUUAUGGGUCUUUGUUUACUUUAAAACCUUGUAAAAAGUCUUUUGUUCUCAAGUAAACAAUGGAUAUUGAUGAAAUGGUUUAUACAUUUACUUUAGAAUGUGUUAAAUGUCUAAAUGCUGGCUAGGUGAUGUUAUGUGUUACAGUGUAUCUAAUAAGAUAAUUAUUCAAAAAUGUAUCAUGCAUGAUCUUAAGAUUACCAGCAGUAGCAAUUCCAAAAUCAGAACAAAAAGUGAAUUUGAUCAUAGUUAAAUAACAGUGAUAAAUAUUUGUUCUCUCUCAGACCUAAAACGUGCUUUGAUUAACUUUAUUAUCUGAAAAUUAAUUGCUAUUACAUGUAUGUAUUUACAAGUGUGUUUGGUAAUGAAAUGCCAGUAUUCAUCAAUACAUAUUGUACAGUGUGGGUAUUAUGUAUGAAUAUAUAAUAGAUAAUAUUGUAAUCCAAUUCCAGUUAUAACAUCGUGUCUACUAUUUAAUAUAAGUCUGAAAUGCUUUGUAUUUUGUAGCCCACACUGAUUCAAAGUAAGGUAUUUCUACUGAACUGUAAUACCACAUUCGACCUAAUAAGCACACUGUACGCUUACAAAAACACAAAAGUGGUGUGCUUCAUAGAAGCAUGUACAGGGAAAGAUUUUAUGCGAAAUCAGUGAUUUUUUUUUUUUUUUUUUUUUUUAAUUUACAUAUUAAUCAUCUUCAUAAAGUGAAUAUAAUAAUCCAGAGUCUUUGGUUAACAGACUGUAAAUUGUAAUGGCAGAUUUGUGAGGUAAGGAACAUUUAUAUGAUUCAAUUAGCGCACCAAUUCUUUUUUCAUGAAAAAGGUGCUUAUUGGGGCAGAUGUGCUUAUUAGGCCAAAUACAGUAAAUUUGAGUGGGCUUGAUACCAGACAUAGGCUUAUUGAUGGAAAAAUAUACACAUCUUGCUUUAUGUAUAUAUACCCCAUACCUAACAAUACAAGGAGUAGGAUUGAUGUCUAAACACAGUUUAUGUGAUGUUUGUUAUGGUAGAAGAAAUCUACAGUUAUAUAUGCAUUUCUUAUUCUUGUUAUAGAUAUUUACAGAGGCUUAAUUUGUUCUACUCCAAUAUGAAAAUAUAUAUGUUAUUUCAUGCAAUGUUUCUUCACCUUUGUGUGGACAAUGAGAACAGUAUUGAGUUUGAGAUUGUUAAUUCUGUACAUGUUAUUUGUAGUGUUUCUUAAGCUGGUUCAGCUUGUCACCAAAAAAAAAUCAUUAUGUAUUUCCAAUGUCUCUAACAUAACCAACUUUACUUGUAAAAUUUUCUGUUGCUAAAAAGUGAAGAUCCUGAUACACGGUGGGGAAUCACGUGGUCAGGUGUGUACUGGGACAGUUUGUAGUUAUCCGUAACAUUCUGACCAAAAUUUCGAAUCGAAAGGAUUCCACUGACGAAUUCAAUUCAAAAUUUUGGUCAGAAUGUUACGGAAAACUACGGACUGUUCCAGCAUACAUGAGGUAUGGAUAUGUCUAGAUUAUAGUAUAUCAUAUGCUCGCUACAAUGAAAAGCCUACGUAAUGAGUAUUUUCAGUGUCUUACCUCAUUUUAUGCUUUCUACACUGGUGGCGACCAUUUUGAAUUCGUAUCUUCAGAUCACGUGAUUCCCCUCCGUGUGAUAAACAUCAUUGAUAUGCUUGAGGAAGGUUUUGAGGCCUGAAAACAGUUACAUCAUUCAACUUGAUUUACAAUGUUGAUUUUAUACAAUUAUAUAUAAAAGUUGCUAGUUGUAAUAAUCAUCUAUUAAUGGGAUAUUUAAGAAUUGACUUCCCUGGUGAUGCAUUCCGACCUCAAGUAUUCCAUCAUCCUGUCUAAUCUAACAAAUUCAAGUCUCAUUAUUUUAAUGGAAACUAAAAAUUAAGUAUUGAAAUAUCACCUGUGUAUUUUGACAUUCUAUUUAAUCUGCCCUGUGUAUUGUGUCUACAUGGCAAUGUUCUCAUAAAGUUUAUGUAGACAGGUGGCAAAUUAAAAAUUUGUUGGUUGAAUGUCUACCACAUGGUAUAUAUUAGCCUAUACACAUUACUUAGAAAAAAUAAUCAGUUCAAUAUUGAGGUUUAGCAAGUUGAUUUUGCUGAUAACCGGCUUUAUUAAGAACACAGUAGUGGAUAAGACCAGUUUUGCUUGAUCAUGCAUAUUUUCACACAGAUUCCUAUUUGGUUUCCCAAUAUUAUCAUAGUGAUAAAUAAUGUUAAAAUCGUAUUUCCAAAUAUCAUCAUCUUAUCACGGUAUUAUUAAAAAGAAAAAAUGAAAGUUGACUCUCAGAACAUUAUUUUAUAUAUUCAACCCUUAUCAUAACUUUAUUAUUUAAACACGAGAUUAUACACAAAAAAAUAAUUUGUUAAUUCAUCUUGCACAAACAUUCCGUCACUGGUGGUUUCAGUGCUGUGAUUUCAUUGUUACGUUUUCAUGUUGAAUGUUUGAACCUUGUUGAUAGUAUACAGAUUUUUUGUGUCAAUUGUAGUCUAUACAGAGCUACACAAGUUCCUCUCAUAUCCAUGUAAUUAAUAUCAAUCAACUAUUAUGAAGUCUAGUUUUUGAUGAUUCAAGUUUUCUUGGAUUUACAAUAAAUUAUUAAAUGAGGCAUAAUUUCUCUGUUAAUGUUGUUUCAAUGUAUCUCUUUUCUGUGAUUUUCCUCAAAAAGUAAUAUCAUAUUUACAUGUAUUGCAAUAAAUUAUGAAAAGAUGGUAAAUCUUUUGUGAAUUUGAUUUUCAAUGGAAAAUAUUAUCAUAUUCUUUUAAACGAUCAUCUCAACUGGUAAUUCAAGUACUUAAUAAUAAACUUAUGAAGUGAUUUGAUUAUCUAUUUCAGAUAUACAUAUAAAAGUUCAUGGUAUUGUUAUAACUGAUAUUUUACGCACAUGGACCAAUUUUUAUUAUCCAAGGGUUAUCAUUGUUGUCUAAUAGAGUUACUUCCCUUCCUUUCACUUUGUCUGUAAAGCACUAGCUUGCGUCCAUUGAGAAAGAGGAGAUGAGAAUUGGGGCUUAUAUACUAAAUCAUAUGCACUGUAAAUAUCAUUGUUCAGAAUUUGUUUUCCCAGAAAAUGCAGAAUGGCAGUAUUGAGCUUUGGUUUGUGUUUGUCUAAAUUUUUUGUACUUAAAAUAUCUGGUGUGGUCUGAACAGUUCACCAUGAAUUACUAGGAAGUUCUCCUAUGGCCAGUAACUGCUAGUGUCAUGUUUCAUUGUAAAUUCCAUUUUUGUUUUCACUUAUUGAACACCAAAAAAACAACACAAAGUCUGUACUAGGUUGCCUUUUCUGUGAAGAUGUUUUACUGCAUAGAAUUACCAGUUUGAAUUUUUUUCAUUUUAAGUUGAAAUUCAAAUAUUAUGUACAACUUUGUGAAUUACUCCACUUAACAGUGGUAAACUAAAUUAGGACAAAGUUGUUUAGAUGGGUAUUGUUUUAGAUUCUUUUAGACCUAUUACCAAACAUGAGGUACAAAGUUUACUAACAGUUGAAAUGUAACAAAGUUUUUACCAGUAAUGGAGAAUAGCACAGACUCUUGUCCAAUAUUGUUUCAUUUGAAAUAAAGAACUUUGCUGAUGCUAUGAAGAUAUAUGCGGUAGUGUGUGCUUAUUUCAAUCACGUUGAUUAUUUACCAGGGGAGAUAACCCCGGGCCCAGUCCUAAUCAAAAUACAUAUAUUAUUGUUCUUUAUAUAAUGAUGAUUUGUUGCAAUUGUAGCUGCCAUAAUAUGAUAUUGUGUUUUGAGUAGCUGUUUACACUGAAUAUGUUUCUGUUAUUUCAGAGAUUGUAUAACUUAGUAUGAUCAUGUUCCUGAUGAUAUUAAUAAAAAAUCAACAUACACAGUUCUUAUA